AUGAACGGGAACGGGAAUCGUGACUAUGGAGACGAGCACGACAGGGAGUAUAGAGAGAUGGUAGAGAUCGACGUUCAGCGUCAACACCAGCAGCAGCAUGAACAAAGACAGCAGCUUCAGAACGACCAGCAACAGCAAGAAUACUUCCAGCAAGACUUGCGUUCGCCAUAUGGUCCGCCUGAGCAGCUGCAGCAUCAGCAAGCUUUUACACCUUACUCACCAUACCAGUCAGAGUUUGAAGAUAUGCAGCAGGGUAGAUCCAUUACAGAGCAAGGUAGACCUCUUCGCCCUUCGCCCGCACAUCUUGAAGAUUACAGUCCGGCACCUGAAUGGCCUCCUCACAUUGCCAGCAGCCCGGGACAGUACUUCCAUGACACGCCGGGCGGUUCUCGCUCAGGAACACCGUCUCUUCGCAGCGGCCAAGAGACACCCGCCCGUCUGCACUAUCACGCAGGCAACUCAUCAGUCGACUGGAGACCAUCCAGCCUCAUGAACCAGAGCCACCUCAGUCUAGCAGCCUUAUUGCCAAACGGUUCUCCGCAGAACGGCAGCGACAACACGCUCGCCAAAGAGUACAUCGUCGAUACCAGCGCUAUUCAGACAGUUCACAAACGUGACGAUGUUGAUAUCUGGAAGGGAUGGAAGAGAUGGGUGUUUAAGCUCGUCCCCGCGCUGACGUUUAUGAACACGGGAUUGUACAUGGCCUAUCUGGCUUUGAGAAUUGCCUGUGUUAUCUGGGCGCAGAACGCAGCAGGACAGACUUACGAGGGAGCGUGGGUGUUUAUCGCCGUCGAGAUUGCCGUUGCCAUUCCCUCAUUAAUGCACAACAUCUGGACGAUGUGGUCUAUGAAGAAGAGACAGCGACCCAAGUUGAGAGUUACGGGAAACGACGUUCCCACUGUUGAUGCGUUCGUCACCUGCUGUGGUGAGGAGGACGAUCUGGUCAUGGAUACUGUACGUGCGGCAUGCGACUUGGACUACCCUCGCGAUCGAUACAGAGUUAUCGUGCUGGAUGACGGAAAGUCUGCUGGUCUCGAAGAUCAGUGUAACAAGCUGGCCAUGACGUACCCCAACUUGUAUUACAUGGCCCGACCCAAGAUUCCCGGCCAGCCUCAUCAUUUCAAGGCCGGUAACCUCAACUAUGGUCUCGACGCUGUGCACAAGCUACCGGGAGGAGCUGGUCAAUUCAUGGCUGCUCUGGAUGCCGAUAUGAUUCCUGAGCGUGACUGGCUCCGUGCUAUCAUCCCUCACAUGCUCAUCGAUCCCAAGAUGGCUCUCGCUUGUCCACCUCAACUCUUCUACAACACUCCCCCUUCUGAUCCCCUCGCCCAGAGUCUCGACUUUUUCGUGCACGUCAUUGAGCCUAUUAAGGAUGCCCUCGGCGUCGCCUGGUGUACUGGAUCCGGUUAUGUCGCCCGUCGCGAAGCUCUCGAUCAAAUUGGCAACUUCCCCCUCGGUUCUCUCGCUGAAGAUGUCGCUACCUCGACUCUGAUGCUCGGUAAGGGCUGGAAGACAGCCUUUAUCCACGAACCCCUCCAGUUCGGUACUGUUCCUGAGGAUUACGGUGGUCAUUUGAAGCAGCGUACGCGAUGGGCUAUUGGAACCGUCGACACGUCGUUCAAGCUUAACUUUUGUCUUUGGGGUGACCAGGUUCGCCAAAUGACGACUGCUCAGCGAUUCUCUGGUUUCCUAUACGCUUCGCUGAGUUUGUACACUGUUCUUCUUACCGUUUCAAUGUUUGCCAUUCCUGUUAUCCUGAUUAUGCAGAAGCCUCUUGUCGCGUACGCAACUGAUGAGCAGCUCCGAUGGUUGAUCCGAGCCUGUUUUGCGUCCGUCAUCUCGAACCGCCUGUGCGAGUUUGCUCUGUUCAUCCCCGCAGGUUAUCACACCGGGCAGCGAGGUUCGCGAUACCAGCUCUGGAUGUCUCCUUACAUCGCGCUUUGCAUUAUUCGUUCAUUCGUCCUCCCGACAUGGCUUGGUGGUCAAACACAAGCCUUCAAGCCGACGGGAUCUUUGGGCUCAGCGCUCAAUGAGCGUGAUGCUAAGCUCCGAAAGAACAUGUUCCGCCGUCUUUGGGGCAUCCUGAUCAAUUACAUGGCCAUAUUCCACCUGUUCUUCGUGUACCUCACCCUCGUUGCCGUGGUGCUCACGUCGUUCCGUUCAUUUGUGACGACCGACACGGUGCGCGACACGCUCACCGCCCUUCUCACACACGCAUUUUGGCCGCCCCUGACGUUCCUCUUCAUCUGCAGCUCCCUCUGGACGCCCAUCUCGUACGCGAUUGACCCGCCGGCCAUGCCCGACCGGGAGGACCUUCUGAACCGCGAUGCAAAGACGCAGGUGGCGCACCCGACGCCACAGAGCAAGAAGAUUGCGUUUGGCGGUCAAGCUGCGUGGUUCGAGUUGGAGUACACUGUCACCACGGCUUACACGUGUCUCGUGUUUGUCGCCUCGUUCAUCUUUUAA